GGGCUGUGGAUGUGGCAGCAGCGCGGCAACAGUCCGGCUGAAGACGUGUGUCCUCGGCGCUCUCACUGGUCCAGCCGAGCUAGUUUAUAGAUUUUAACUUUAACAGGUGUCCACAGGUGUCUGUGCCAUGUUUGCCCGGCUGGCCCUCUGCUCCCGACUGCCAUCCAGAAACAGGCGGACCAAUGUCUGUCCAGUCUCUAUCAGAACUUUCUCCCAGGCCAAAUUCUCUCUCCCACGGCCCCAUGGGAAGUCUUUUGCCCACCGCAGUGAGUUGAAACAGGCCAAACGUAUCGUGGUGAAGCUGGGGAGCGCUGUGGUGACCCGGGGAGAUGAGUGCGGGCUGGCGCUGGGACGCCUGGCCUCUAUAGUCGAGCAGGUGGCCGUGCUGCAGAAUCAAGGCAGAGAGAUGAUGAUCGUGACGAGCGGAGCUGUGGCGUUUGGGAAGCAGAGACUGAGACAUGAGAUCCUGCUGUCUCAGAGCGUCAGACAAGCCCUGCAUUCAGGACAGAACCAGCUCAAAGAAAUGUCAGUACCCGUUUUGGAGGCGAGGGCGUGUGCAGCUGCAGGACAGAGCGGUCUGAUGGCGUUAUACGAGGCCAUGUUCACCCAGUACAGCACCUGCACUGCACAGAUUCUGGUCACAAACCUGGACUUUCAUGAUGAGCAGAAGCGUCGAAACCUGAACAGCACGCUGCACGAGCUGCUGAGGAUGAACAUCGUUCCCAUCAUCAACACCAACGACGCCGUCGUCCCUCCGCCUGUUCCCAACAGUGACCUGCAGGGGGUCAAUGUCAUAAGCAUCAAAGAUAACGACAGCUUGGCGGCACGGCUCGCCGUAGAAAUGAAAGCAGACCUUCUGAUCGCCCUGUCUGAUGUUGAAGGUUUGUACGACAGCCCCCCAGGAACAGACGACGCUAAGCUCAUCGACAUUUUUUAUCCUGGAGACCAGCAGUCCAUCACGUACGGCACAAAGUCCAGAGUCGGCAUCGGAGGCAUGGAGGCCAAGGUGAAAGCAGCGCUGUGGGCGCUGCAGGGUGGAACGUCUGUUGUCAUCGCUAAUGGCACGCAUCCUAAAGUCACCGGUCACGUCAUCACCGACAUCGUGGAGGGGAAGAAAGUCGGCACGUUCUUCUCUGAAGUUAAACCUGCAGGUCCGACUGUUGAGCAGCAAACUGAGAUGGCGCGACAUGCAGGCCGGACUCUAGCCUCACUGCAUCCUGAACAGAGAGGGGAGAUAAUCUGCUGUCUUUCUGAGCUGCUAACAGAAAAGAAAGACGAGAUCCUCAGCGCCAACAAGAGAGACAUGGAGCUCGCUGCAGCGUCAGGUCGCUUGUCCCAGCCGAUGAUAAACCGUCUCAGUCUGUCCACUGCCAAGCUAAACAGCCUUGCCAUCGGCCUGCGUCAACUCGCCGUGUCCUCCAGAGACAGCGUGGGUCGAGUCCUGAGGAGGACCAGGGUGGCUAACAACCUGGAGCUGGAGCAGAUCACCGUCCCCAUCGGAGUCCUGCUGGUCAUCUUUGAGUCCCGCCCCGACUGUCUCCCACAGGUGUCGGCACUGGCCAUCGCCAGUGGAAAUGCUUUGCUGCUGAAGGGCGGAAAAGAAGCUUCAAACACCAAUAAAAUCCUCCACCAACUCACUCAGGAAGCUCUUUCCAUUCAUGGUGUCACGGACGCCAUUCAGCUGGUGAGCACACGUGAAGAAGUGGAGGAUCUGUGCAGGCUGGAUAAGUUGAUUGAUCUUAUUAUUCCACGCGGCUCGUCUCAGCUGGUCAGAAACAUUCAGAGAGCGGCGAAGGGAAUUCCUGUUCUCGGUCACAGCGAGGGCGUUUGCCACGUUUAUAUCGACCAGGACGCCAGCAUCGACAAAGCUAUUGAUGUUGUCAAAGACUCCAAGUGUGACUACCCUGCAGCCUGCAACGCCAUGGAGACUCUCCUUAUUCAUAGAGAUUUACUGAGAACGCCCAUAUUUGACCAGAUCAUCGACAUGCUGAGAACAGAACAUGUGAAGAUUCACGCAGGCCCAAGGUUUGCGUCCUAUCUAACCUUCAGCCCUUCUGAGGUGAAGUCUUUGAGGACUGAGUAUGGAGAUCUGGAGUGCUGCAUCGAGGUGGUGGACAGCAUGCAAGACGCCGUUGACCACAUCCACAAAUAUGGCAGCUCCCACACGGAUGUCAUCGUGACUGAAAACGAGGAGACAGCCGAGCAGUUCCUGCAGCAGGUGGACAGUGCCUGUGUUUUCUGGAACUCCAGCUCUCGCUUUGCAGAUGGAUACCGCUUCGGAUUAGGGGCUGAGGUCGGAAUUAGCACAGCAAGGAUCCAUGCCAGAGGCCCCGUGGGUUUGGAGGGGCUCCUGACCACUAAAUGGGUCCUUCGAGGGGACGGACACACGGUGGCAGAUUUCUCUGAGCAGGGAAGCAUGAAAUACCUUCAUGAAAACAUCCCUGUUCCCCAGGGUAGCUUCAGUUAGGAGCCCGACUGAAGAAACAUCAUCAUGAGUGAUAUCUGCAGAGUUUAAUUUACAGUUUAGCACUUCAGCUUCGUAGCUGCUGCUUCAUCACAAUCCACUUCAUCUGCAUGCAGGACAGACGCUCAAUAACCGGACAUGAAGUUCAUGUUUUUGUGAACAAAUUUAUCAAACAGGAACUCAAAGAUUCAUGCCAAAUCGUGAAAAUAGAGAUUGUUACAGGACUGAGAGAGAACGAAUCAUGGAAACUAAACAGUUAAAUAACCUUUCUCUGUUAUGUGUGUGUGAAAACAAAACUCUUUCCUCGUUAAGGUCAUUUUUAUGAAACUAUCAUUGUCCAGCUGUGGUUUUCUAACUUAUUUUUCUACAUUUAAAAACUCUCCUUCUGUCUUUUUGUAAUUUACUGUAAAAGGUGUUGUGCAGGACCUUGGUUCAUUUAUUUUUGGCUGGAUCCUUUCCUCUUUGCACACAAGAGAAAUAAAUAUACUGUACAGUUCUUUAAACAGGAUUUUGUGUUUUUAUGUCACCAACUGGAAACCAGAAAAUAUGCAUCACAUGACUGGUUAAAUCUUUUUACAGU